AUGUAUAUGAUUUCAAAACAGCCAACAUCAGUGAAUGAUGUGGUACCAUCAGGUGUUGCUCCCCCACUUGGAGGAGUCACAGACUUUGGAAUCCCACGUGGAUUGGAAUACCUUGCUCAGAUUGACCAGGUUCUUAUACACCAAGCAGUUGAGCUCGUUGAAGUUUUUAGUGGAUGGGAGAGCAAGAACCGUUAUGAAAUUAAGAACACACUUGGACAACAGAUAUACUUUGCGAUGGAAGAGUCUUCAUGCCUAAUGCGACAGUGUUGUAAGCAAGGCCGCGGUUUCACCAUGCACAUCACAGACAACAAUGGCCAGGAAGUUUUGAGAGGAAUCCAUCCUUUUCGAUGUUGUCAAGGAUGUUGUUGUUGUGCUGACAAUGAUUACUGCGCUAUGGACAUCAUCAUUGAAGCUCCAGUUGGCAAUAAGAUUGCGUUCUUUAGGCAAAGAAAGUUCUACUGUAGCCCCCGCCUUGAGCUGUUGGAUGCCCACGAUCGUCCAGUAUUUGAUAUUCAGGCUCCGUGUUGUUGCCGGAUGAUUCAAUGCCCCUGUGGUUGUACCGACGAUGUAGAAAUCAAUAUUCUUGAUUCAAAGAGCAAAGAACGAGUUGGAGUCAUUUCCAAACAAUGGGCUGGAGUUGCAAAGGAAUGUUUUACCAAGGCAGAUAACUUCAGCAUCCAAUUUCCUAUGGACUUGGACGUCAAGAUGAAGGCUGCCCUCAUCGCUGGAUUUUUUCUAAUGGAAAUGAUGUUGUUUGAGUAUGGCAACAAUAACUAAACAACGCGGUUCAACUCCAAAUCAUGGUCUUUUCAAAUCAACGGCAUAUGUAUGCCAUAUAUCAUAAUAAAAAUGUGAAUAAAUUCCUCGUUCGUGACUUCAUUUAAAUGAGGCCUAUAUAGUAAUGUUGAAAUAUUUUAUGCAGAACAACACCAACAAAUAUGUACAGUAGGACGUAGUAUGAUUAAUUAUGCAUGUAGAGUCUGGCAUAGUAAUUCAAAAAAAGAUAAUAAUGACUUAGAAAAACUACAGUUACAAAUGGCCAGAUUUCUACUUAAAGCUCCUCGCUGUACACCGCAAGAAGCUCUAUAUGGUGAUUUAGGCUGGGGCCCCAUUGUCAAAAACGCAUAAAUUACAAAAUUAAAUUCCUUAACCGUGUAAUAAAUAUGAAUGAAAAUCGGUGGCCAAAUACUUUACUUCAUAGCAUGCUUCAACUGAAAUCCAAUUUUAAUGUAUUAAAUUACAAAUUUCUUGAUUCGUGUAAGAAUAUACUUGAUAAAUGUACAGAUUUAAAUAUAUUUGAACAAGUUUUUGAUUUAGAUAAUUUUACUUUUAAUUCUUUUUCUGUUAGAACUGUAAAUACACAUGUUGCAGACUCGUACAACGUUGAGUGGGAAAACCAAAUUAACCAAAAGCCUUCUCUUAAAUAUUACUCAAAAUUGAAAUCUACACCAAGCCUCGAAAAAUAUCUGCUUGAUAAAACUAACUUUAUGGGGGUAAGUCUAAAAUUUAAAUUAAGGACCAACACAUUUCCCCUUGAUGGCAAGACCUGCAAAUGGUCUAAAGAAAUUACUGGUCAGUGUAACUUGUGCCAACGUGGCGAAACCAAAGAUAUUCGUCAUUUUCUACUUAACUGUAAAUCAUUUGAUACAAUCAGAGAGGCAGAAUUAGUUAUCUUAAAACAAGACCUUGAACUUUGCAAUGAGACUACUGCAACUAGGAAUAAUUUUUCCGAAUCUAAUGUUGAUAAUUAAUUUUCUUCUUGGGGAAAAAAAUAAUCUCUUUAAUGAUAUAUAUGUUGAAGCUUGCGGUACACCACGUACCGCAGUUGUGGAAAGAACUGUUUUUGUUGAGAAAGUCUCGACGUUUCGAUUG